AUGGCAUUAGGGUUCUAUAACAAAUUUAUAUAUAGGUGUACCAACACCAAAAUAUAUAACAGUAUGAUAUCUAGGAAAAAUUUAACCUUUUCAAUUUUCCGAUACAACUCAGAAACGAAUCAAAGGCCUACAAUGCAAAAUUACGAAUUGGACACCAAUAAUUGUGGUCCAAUGGUUCUAGAUGCCCUAAUUAAGAUAAAAAAUGAGCAGGAUAGUACUCUUUCCUUUCGCAGAAGUUGUAGAGAGGGAAUUUGUGGCAGUUGUUCAAUGAACAUAGACGGUAAGAAUGGAUUAGCUUGUUUGACGCCAAUUGAUACUAAUAAAGAAGUCAUUGAAGUACAACCAUUGCCUAAUUUGUAUGUAAUUAGGGAUUUGGUCCCUGAUCUAUCUAACUUUUAUGCACAAUACGUGUCCAUCCAGCCAUGGCUCAGAACUAAGUCGAAACAGGAAGGUAAAAGGGAAAAUUUACAAUCACCAGAUGACCGCGCUAAAUUGGAUGGAAUGUAUGAAUGUAUAUUGUGCGCAUGUUGCUCCACGUCUUGCCCUUCAUAUUGGUGGAACCCGGAUCAUUUUCUAGGACCUGCCAUCCUAAUGCAAGCAUAUAGAUGGAUACAAGAUUCUAGGGAUCAAUAUACGAAAGAAAGAUUGGUACAGAUGAACGAUAGCAUGAAGUUAUAUCGCUGUCAUGGUAUUCUUAAUUGCUCUUCUUGUUGUCCUAAGGGGUUGGAUCCUGCUAAAGCGAUAAAGGAAUUAAAAGCCAAGGUUGAAGGUGAAUUCACAGAUCCGGACGAUUGGGCUCAGGUCUCUGCCAAUGAAUACAUGGAGAAAAAUUCCAGAUUGUUGAAAUCUAUAAAGAAUUGA